AUGUCGGAACACGAGACAAAAGAGCCUGUGGAAGCUGGAGCUGAAGCUGAACAUGACCCCCAAUUCGACCCGGUGAUCAAACUGGAGCACAAAGUCGAAGUAAAGACAAACGAGGAGGAUGAAGAUGUGCAGUUCAAGAUUCGUGCGAAACUCUUCCGUUUCGAUAAAGAGUCGAAGGAAUGGAAGGAACGUGGCACGGGCGAUGUGCGUCUCCUGAAGCACAAAGAGACAAAGAAAGUCCGCCUUGUCAUGCGUCGUGACAAGACGCUCAAGGUGUGCGCCAACCACUUUUUGUCACCUGAGAUUAAGCUGCAGCCCAAUGUCGGCUCGGACCGCUCUUGGGUGUACAAUGUGACAGCAGAUGUCUCCGAUGGAGAGCCCGCUGCAGAGACAUUGGCUAUUCGCUUCGCCAACUCGGAGAACGCGGACCUGUUCAAGAAGGAGUUCGAGAGCGCUCAGGAAGCGAACAAGAAUGCAUCGAACGAAAAUGUCCCAGCGCCCGAGACAACGCCUGCCAAGUCGGAAGACCAGACCAAGAAAGACCAAGAGACAAGCGCUCACGGUGCUGAUGGUGCAGCUACAUCGGACGACAAGAAGGAAGCGUAG